UGACGUCAAUAUUCUGCGACCCACCGUUUAUGCGAUACUACACAGAAAUGGCGAGCGGUAAAAAGAGUACGCUGCUGUCGUCUUUAGCGGUCUAUGGAGAUGAUUCGGAGCCCGACUCUGACCCUGAACAAGAAGAAUCAGGGGGGCGUGUAGGAAGCCUUGUAUAUCGCUAUGAUGAGGAUGACCUGAACCAAACUGUGGGCCCAGAAGAAAAAGAGUCUGCAGAUGAAGACAGCAGAGAAAACAACUCGGAAGUGGACGAAUCUGACGAGGGGAGGGACGCAGAUGACUUUGAGAUCUCAGAAGCAGAAAAAAAGGACCCCAAGGAGCUAGUUGCUCUGUUUUCAGAAAAGGUGAGAAACAUGUCACCUGACGAGAUCAAGAUCCCCUCCGAACCCCCCGGACGCUGCUCCAGCCAUCUACAGGAGAAGAUUCACAAGCUGUAUGAGAGGAAGCUCCAUGGAGAUUUUGACACAAACGCCCAUAUCCAGCAAAAGAAGGAAUUUAGAAACCCAAGUAUUUACGAGAAGCUCAUUCAGUUCUGCGCCAUAGAUGAACUGGGAACCAACUACCCAAAAGAUAUGUUCGAUCCUCAUGCCUGGUCGGAAGACUCUUACUAUGAAGCUCUCGCCAAAGCUCAGAAGGUGGAGAUGGACAAACUGGAGAAAGCCAAGAAGGAACGGACCAAGGUGAGCCUAACGACAAAGAAGAGUGGAUUACUCUGUCAGUCUGCAUCAGGGAUUGAGUUUGUCACGGGGACUAAGAAGGGCACCAACCCCUCCAGCACAGCAGCCUCCACCACCAGCAACACCACAACUACAUCCACAGAUGCCCAGAAGAGGAAAAGUAAGUGGGACUCUGCACUCCCUGUGACCCUGGCCCAGCCCACCCUCAUCACAACCACAGCCACGCUGCCCGCCGUCGUCUCUGUGACAACAACAGCAAGCGGUACCAAGACCACCGUCAUCUCCGCAGUGGGUACCAUCUUAAAGAAAGCAAAGCAGUGAGGAUGAUGAACGGGCUGCAGCGUGACCGACGCCCUGUAUUGUGCUGCAGCCGUUAUAUGUGUGAAAAGUGAUGGACACAUUUUCAGAACCAGCCCACAAAUUCUUUCUGCUCCUCGUGGACUCACAAAGACUAAAAACUGCCUUCUAUCUCUGGGAUUGUAUCUGCAAUUAUGGCAU